AACCCUAAGGCAAGCUUGAAAAAAAUGCGAGCGACACUGUUAGUACACAUCCUCAAACCCACAAACCCCAGCUCACCGGAAAUAAAGGACGGUGCAAUGCCCUAUGGAUGAAUGGUUACAGGCCACGAGGCUCAGGAGCGCCCAUCUACUUCGUCCCGAUACGGGCGGUAGGGAUUUCGAUGUGUUCUUUGAGUAUUCACCAGCGCUGAUGCUGCUGCUGCUACAAGCCUGUUGAGUUUAGAUGUUGAGGAGAGAUUCAAUGGAUUUUGGGUUUAGUAGGAAAUGGGUAGCGAAUGUGAUCUAGCGAACGAGACAUUGGACUGGUGAGGUGAUCGCACGGAUGUUUGGAUGGCAGGAUGUGGUAAGGAUGGGCUUGUCUCUCGGGCUCCUUCGUCCGUUACCUGAAGCUGAUACAAAGAGAAAUUUGUUGUAAGAGUUCAUUGUUAAGGAUCUGGAUAAGGAGGGAUAGUAAUUUGUAAUAUGGGGUCACUUAAGAACGAGAACGACCAGAGAGAAAGAGAGGGUUGUUUUGGUGUUAUGAGUGUAGAGUCGGGUUUGGAAGGCAAGAGAAUCCAUUUGCUGCCGUGCGGCACCAAUUAUACUGGUCCUGCUCCUGUGGAAGACUACUUCAAAAUCAAAGCAGCUGGUUCAAACGAGGAUGGCAUUGUAAUGGAGGAGGCAGCGUUUAGAGGAAGGAAACUAAUGGGUUCCAGGCUUCCCCUUCCGGAGGGCUUUUGCGGCUUUGUUUUAAAGAAGGUUAUUGGAUCGAAUAAUGAGAAUGGAAAGAUUAAGGUGAAGUCAUUAGAGAAGGACGGCUUCGAUGUGUGGAAAGCAGAUGCAAUGUUUGGAGAGUUCUCCUACUGGAAUCAUGAUACUUUGCCCACCAAAGACGACAGUAUCCGCUCAGUUAUGGAGUGGCUUCCAGUGUCUGCAGCUCUGCACGAAGAGGUGACGGCAGACGGCGCGGCAGUCAUUGCCGAGAAAAUGAAAUUACAAUCAGAAUCUUUAGCAGGAUCAAAGAGGAAGCUGUAGGAGCAUAUUCAAUCUCUGAGAUUGUUUUGACACCCCCCAGAACACAACUGCUCGGUCAGAUGCUCAAACUAAGAUAGCUUUGUGUUGUGGGCAUCAAGCUCAUUCAGAGGAGGAUUUCACUGUUUUCAUUUGUUUAGAAUUUCAUAACAAGGCUAAGCAACCGGCAUCAUCUCUUCUUUUUGGUAGCUUCUGAUUUUAUUCAAACUGUUGUACUAUGACUUGUACAAUUUUCCAAAAGGUUAUAUGGUCUCUUUACCUACUUGUUGCUUAACCACGGC